AUGAUUUGUAAAUUGUGCUCAAAAGCUAUUGCUAACAGAUUGAAGCUUCUGCUGACUGCUUUGAUAUCACCAUUCCAGAGUGCUUUCAUUCCGGGUAGGUUAAUUACGGAUAACAUUCUUGUAGCUAAUGAAAUGGGCCAUUUUGUUCACAAUAAACAAGAUGGUUCUGAGAGAUUCAUGGCUUUAAAAUUGGACCUCAGUAAAGCUUACGAUCGUAUGGAGUGGGAGUUCCUUAGGAGGGCGAUCAAUCGUUUUGGCUUUGCUCAGGCUUGGAUUGAUUUGAGGCUUGGUGAUUCCUUCAUGAGGUCUGAGACAAGGGAUCCUUUAUCUCCCUAUUUGUUCUUGAUUGGAGCUGAAGGAUUCUCAGCUCUAUUGCAACAGAAGCAGAGGGAAUGGUUACUUUCUGGCAUUGAGAUUUGUAGUAAUGAUCCUGCAGUUAAUCAUUUAUUGUUUGCAGACGAUAGCAUGUUAUAUGCUAAUGAUGAUUUGGUGCACUGCUAUCAAAUUCAAGACUUGCUAGAAACUUAUGGAAGAGCAUCAGGCACUUUUUGGACAGUUGAGUUGCAGGGUUCUCCCUCUAAUUCUUGGAGGAGCAUUCUUUCAACUAGGGAUUUAAUUGCACAAAGGAUAUUAUUAGCAGAUUGGCAGAAAGGGAGGAAUCAGAGAGUUUGGGAGCAUAAAAGACUUCAUGCAGAUGAUGUAGCCUUGCUUGCAAGUACUGGUUUAGCUGAAUACUGUUGUCACAAUGUGAAAGUUUUGGUGCCUGGUCAUGGAACUAGGAUAUUGAGAUGGAUACAUCUUCCUGUUGGUGUUCUCAAAGUCAACAUGGAUGGAUCUUUCCACUCUGAUUCGAGGAUGGGAGGUUGGGGUUUUGUUGUUCGUGAUGUUUGGGGCACAUUGGUAGCUGUGGUGCUGUGCCGCUGCAAAAUCUUUUUUCAGUUGAACAUGCAGAAGCUUUAG